AUGGCGCCGCCGCCGCGGAAGAUUAAGCUCCGGAACAAGGACUUCUUCGAGAGCGAUGAGUACCUCCGCAAGCUCGAGGGCGUGACGUCCCGCCUCGCGGGCGCGUUCCCCGGUCAGGACCCGACGUCGCGCGAGGACGUCGCGAAGACGAUCAUGGAGAUCCUCCAGGGGCACGAGGACACCCUCGGCGCGUCCUCCCCGACGCCGCGGCCGAUGAUGAAGCUCCCGGCGCGGUGCUUCCGCGACCUCGCCCCGGGCGGCGCCCUGUUCGUCAUCCUGAAGCGGUGCUUAAGGCGGAAGCACGAGGGACGGUGGCGGCGGUUCGACUGGCAGAGCGAGCACAAGAGACGAGAGUUCGUCGGGAUGAUGGUCGAGUGCGAAGACGACCUGCGCGCCAAGGGGCUCCUCGGUCACGCGAAGAUCCACGUGUCGUCGGACGUCCCGGCGGAGAAGCGCGCGGAGUUGACGCGCGCGAUCGCGGCGUGCGGCGCGGUCGCCGCGGUGUCGCAGUACGAAGACGGUGUCACUCACGUCGUCCACGAGGAAGACAUCGCCGCCGCCGCCGCCGCGGCGGCGGCGACGAGCGACGUGCUCGUCCUCGGCGUCCUCGGAAAGGAAGCGCACGUGCACUACAAGCGCCACCCGGGGAGUUACGACGCGUGGAUAUCGCUGUCGAGCGCGCAGGCGAACGCGGCGGUGGGGUCGAACUUGACGUCGCCGCCGCCGGAUGAGUUCGAAGACGACCCGAACCUUCGGCUGGGGCUCUCGCGACGCGCGGAGCCCGCGAAGCAUGUCAUCGCCGCGUGGUUGUUAGACAGCGCGCGGUUCAACGAGUACUGCGAGGAGAGCGAUUACGCGUGGGAGGACCCCGCGGUGCGCGCGAUGCGCGCGAUGCGCGAGGCGGCGGAGGCGGCGACGCGGAACGCGAUGGACGCAGUCGCCGCCGCCGCGUCCGCGGGCGCCGCGGAAGCCGCGGGGCCCGGCGCCGGGGCUUCGCCGAGCGUCCUCGGGGAGAAGCGCCCCGCGGUCGACGACGCGGCGGGGACGAACGAGGAGACGACGGCCGCGAAGAAGAGGGCGUUCGCGCCGAAGAGCGAGGGCGGGGAGACGCUGGCCAGCGCGAGGCUCGCGGAGCGAUUAGGCGCGAACGUCGUUCGGAGACAACUCACGACGCCGCACGCGUGCGUGGACGACGCCGCGGCCGCGAGCGCGGGGACGCCGCGCGAUCCACCCGGGGAACCCGUGGUCGGGUACCACGGGUACGUCAGCGUGGGGGGCGUGAUGAUGAAGCCGCCGAGAGGGUCGACGAUGGAGAACAUCUCGAGGGGGCAGACGCCGGCGGCGAGAGACGCCGCCGCCGCGGUGGAAGCGUUCGCGAAGACGGCGACGACGUCCAAGCUCGCGGAGGCGGAGACGACGAUAGAGACGGGGACGGGAACCGAGGUGCGGUAUCCGAUCCCCGAGCACUCGGGGUGGUUCGCGUGGGGGCGGGACGAAGUGAGCGAUUUCGAGAAGGACGCGCUGCCGGAAUUUUUCGGCGGCGACGGCGGCGGCGGCGGCGGCGGCGGCGCGAGGGAGACGUACUUGAAGAUUCGAUCGACCGCGAUGGCGCGGUUCAACGCGCUGCUCUCGUCGGACGGCGCGAGCGCGCGGUUGUCGUUCGCCGCGGCGCGGAAAGGGUUAACGUGCGACGUCGACGCGUGCCAACGCGCGUACGAAUUUUUUAACCGCUGGGGGCUGAUCAACUGGUCCCCGGACGCGGCGGCGACGGCCGCGACGCCGGCGGAGGUCGAACCCGGCACCAACACCGCCGCGGCGGCGGUGCUGUACCGCUUCGACUACCGCGCGAAGCGCCGAGACGGCGGCGGCGGCGGCGGCGACGACGCGGCGGCGGGGGGGCGCGUCUGCGUCGGAUGCGAUCGCGCGCUCGGCGGCGUGGGGAGAGUCUACUACCGCUGCGCGGAUCCGCCCAAGGGCGUGGUGGUUCCUGGCGGCGGCGGCGACGGCGGCGGCGACGGGCCGAUCGACGCGUGCGUGAAGUGUUUCACCGGCGGCGUCCUCCCCGACGGCGUCUCCGGCGCGUCGUUCGUCAGGAGGACGUCCACGAAGGAGUCGGAGAAGGAGGACGAGAAGGAGGCUGAAGAACGCGCCGGCGGCGCGGGGGGCGACGCCGACAAGGAGAACGGCGACAAGGAGAACGACGCGGAGAAAGAGGCGUUCAUGUGGAGCGACCAAGAGACGCUGCUGAUGUUGGAAGGGUUGGAGACGCACGGCGAGAACUGGAGCGACGUCGCCGCGCACGUCGGGUCGAAGACGGUCGAGGAGUGCGUCCGAAGGUUCGUUCGCUUACCGAUCGAGGACGCGUUCAUCGACGACCUUCAGAAGACCAAGUCGGGUUGCGGAGGCGGCGGCGGCGACGACGACGCGGUCCAUCGCCCGUUCGAGCGCGCGCCGAACCCGGUGAUGGCGAGCGUGUCGUUUCUCGCCGCGUGCGCGGGGCCGCGCGUCGCCGCCGCCGCCGCUCAAGCCGCGCUGGCGUCGCUCGACGACGAAGAGGACGCUCCGACCGCUCCGACGACCGCGACGACGGACGUCGACGGCGCGGAUGACGGAGAAAAGAAACCACCCGCGCCGACCGACCCGCACUCCCUCGGCCCGCCGCCGCCGGUGACGGAGGAUCGAUGCCGCGCCGCCGCCGCCGCUGGCGUCGCCGCCGCGGCGAAGCGCGCGAAGCAACUCGCGGAUCAAGAAGCGCGCGAGAUUCAAAAGCUCGUCGUCGUCAUCACGGAGAACCAGACGAGGAAAGUCGAGCUCAAGCUUCGAUUCUUCGAGGACCUCGAGGCGGGGCUGAACCGCGAGCGCGAGCAGCUCGAGCGCCUGAAGCGGCACAUCGCGGGCGAGAGGGCGGCGAGCGCGAAGUUGAAGCGGGAGCGGGAGGAAGCCGAAGCCGCGGCGGCGAAGACGGACGAGCCCGCCGCGGCGUGACGUGACGACGCGCGCGGCGGUUCGCGACGGACGGACGCGCGUUCUAAUAAAUUCGUCUACUGUGCGCUUAAGGUUACGUAGCCUCUAGGGUUGACUAUCUAUUGACGCGUCCCCCCUA